AUGAGUUUCCUCGAGGGCAUCAAAGCCAUCCCGGGGGACAUAGGCUCGGUCCCGACGGGCAGAGGGAAGCUCAAACGCGCGGCGGAGAUCGGCAAGGUCCUCGUCGACGAAGCCCUCGGCGUCGUGCGCGCGAUCCCGUACGGCGUCCGCGCGCUGCGCCUCCAUCGCUCGCUCCCGGACGCGGUCGCGGGAGCGCGCGACGCGCGCGGCGUGCGCAUCGUCCGCGACGUCCGCUACGCGAGCGCGCCGCGCGCGGUCAUGGACGUCUACCUCCCCGACGGCGCGUCGCUCGCGAACGGCGCGGGCGCGAUCGCGGACGCGGUCGGAGGACGAGGCGGCGGCGGCGGCGGCGGCGGCGGCGACAGCGACUCGAGCGCGUUCCCCGUCGCGCUGUUCGUCCACGGCGGGGUCUGGGCCGUCGGCGAGAAGUGGCACUUCGCCCCCAUGGCCUCGAGACUCGCAGAGGAGGGCGUCAUCGCGUGCGUCGCAACCUACACGCUGUUCCCGCGCGCCGAGGCGGAUCAGAUGUGGCGCGAAGUCUCCGACGCGGUGGGCUUCACUCUGGAGAACGCGCGCGGAUUCGGCGGCGACGACGCGCGCGUGUCGCUCAUCGGGCACAGCGCGGGCGCGCACGUGUGUUCCAUGGCGCUUCUGCAUCGGUGCGGGGUCGUGAGCGACGACGUCGGCGGCGGCGCGUCGGCGGACGACCCCGCCGCGAGGCGCAUGCCGAAACAAUUUUUAGGACUUUUCCUGGCGUUUCUCUUCGCCCACCCCUCGCGUUCAAUACCCGCCCUCGGCGCCUUUCAACUCCUCCAUCUGACGCCUUUCAACUCCACCCCGACGUUCGCUCGUAUGGAAUGGCCCUUAGGCCUCUGCGGCGUCUACGACGUGGGGAGGCACUACGAGUACGAGGACAGCCGCGGGGUCGCGCUGCUGUCGACGAUGGGGCGCGCGAUGGGCGGGCGCGAGAAGUUUCCGCAGUGCUCGCCCGUGAGGGUCGUGCGCGGGAACCGCGGCGCCGUCGGCGGGGAGUACGCGUACGACGUAGAAGACCCUCAGGCGCGUUCUAUACGCUGGUCCCCAUACGACCGCGUCGGCGAGGUGAACGCCGUUCCUUAA